AUGAUCAGCAAUAAUAACCAAUUUUGUACGAUGCAUGGUGAGACUAUUGAGUAUUUGUGUUUUGAUUGUAAACAGACUGUGUGUCAUAAGGACGUUGCACCCUAUCAACUACAUAAUAAACAUAAUCAUAAGCAUAUCAAGUUCAUCAUUGAUGACAUCGCCAGUGUUGAAGGUGUGGCUCUCGAUGGUGCGGAGCACAAUGAAAUCAAAUCAAGAAUGGAAUCACUCGAUUCUCUGUUGCAAUACGAAGCCAGCAAAUACAAAGAGUUGGAGUCGACAAGAGAACAAAUGCAUGACUAUCUCCAAGCCGAGGAGAAAUCAAUAACCCAAUCAUUAGUUGGCAACAUUGGUCAAGUCGAAUGUGAAUUCGAAAAGAACACCAAUCAAUUAAGAGAAUUACUCUACAUUGUCAAUUCUUUAAAUCAACAGAAAUCAACAACCAACAACAACAACAACAUCAAAAAUAACAAUAACAAUAAUAGUAGUAGUGGAAAAGAGUUGGUUAAAUUAUAUUUAGAAGCAAACUCUUUUAAUCAGUUUAAAAAUUCAAUUAGAGGUGAUGCUGUUGGUCAUAUUAAAUUCGACAAUACUCAGAAAGAAAAUUCAACACUCAGAUUGUUGGAGCAAUUUUACAAGAGUCAUCCAGAGAGUCCUAAAUUGGAAACUAAAACACAGCAAUACGAGUUCAAUUCAAGCCUACAAAACCAACAGCAAUUUAUCAAGUUAAUAAGUGUUCUCUACAGUUUGAAGCAGACAGCAUCACAGCCUAGCAAUGUUGGAUCUCCUUUGAACAAGUCACCAAGAAGUGCUGUAUCAGUCAGUAGUGUCACAGUCACACCUAUUUCAUCGUUAAACUCUACACCUAUUACCACAUCACCAAGAAGUAAUACAACAUCACCAACACUUAAGCCCGUGUCAGUCAAUCAAUUUACUGUUCCUUCCAUCCCUAACAAUACCAUAUCACCAAGAGCCAACAUCGCAACAUCACCAAGAACCAACAUUGCAACAUCACCAAGAACUAACAAUACAACAGCUAAUAUUUCAUCACCACCCAAUAUAAAUGUUAGCAGUACUAGUACUGCUUCUGUUAUCACCACAACUAAACCAACCGCAACAACAACAACAACUACUACCACUUCCACUACCAAUUCAUUCAUUUCAAAAGCAUCAGUUGUAAAGAAAGAUGAUUCCAAACCAUCUUGGAUUUCCAUAUCACAACAAAAGUCUAUGAACAAUGCCAACGUAUCAUCUAGUGUUAUCAACUUACCAACUACCACUUCAAAUACAAAUACAAAUGCUUCAUCAACAACAUCAUCAGCAACAGCUACUACAUCCAAAGUAUAUUCUAAAAGUACAUUGGAAGUAGGUACAAACUCUACAUCGAGCAACUCGAAUCCAACAAUUUCAUCUACAGCCACAACCUCAAGCAAUAUUAAAUCUAUAUAUACACCAAAGUUACUUGAACCGGUGGAACCAUCAACACAACUAUCAUCAACGACAAACAAAACAUCUACAACCACAUCUGUUUCAAAUUCAUCUACUUCACCUCCAUAUAAAUCCAAUAGUUUCAUGGUCACACCAAAGACAACAACAACCUAUGUUUCACCACCAUUGACCAAACAGCAUGAACAAAGCACCUCAUCACCAGCAACACCAGUAACUUCACCACCUGUCACAUCAACAACUAUAUCUACCACUUCGUCAUCAGCACCAACAACAUCAUCAUUUCUUUUGAACAAACAACAGUUUGAGAAUAAAUCAACAAACAACAACAACAAUGUAGAUACCCCAAAAAUAACAUCAUCCACUGCAAUCCAACCAAAAACAUAUUCAUCAUUUCUAAAUAAGACUACAACAACAACAACCUCUACUUCCUCUACACAACCAAAAUCAGCUACACCCUUGGAAACUAAAGCAACCAGCAACACCUCCAAUUCAAUUCUUAAACCCACCUCUACACCAUUAACAACAACAACACUAACACCGACAACAUCAUUAACAUCUACAACCACAUCGAUAAAUGGUAGUUGUACAGCCACAGAUGGAAGGAAAGGAGGAUCGGUAUUGGAAAUAUCAAAGCAAUUUGCCAAACCAAUUGGAAUAAGUCAUAGUUAUAUUGCAGCACCAACCACAACUAAUCCAGUCGCAGUACCCACUACCAACAAAUCAACAUCCUCUUUUAUACCACAAGCACAGACCACCACAACAACCAAUGGUGAAACCAACAGUAAUGGUAGUGGAUCAAAGUUAUUCCUGGCAAAACAACAACUAGAGAGCAUCAAUAUCGUAGAUAACAUCAAGAAGAAUAUCCAAAUUAAAUCUUCCAACCCAUUCUCUUCUUUGACUCCACAGAAACAAGAGCAACUUAAUCUACGUAGACAACAAUUAUUGCAACAAAAAGAUCUAUAA